AUGGCAAAUGGACGGCGGGUGGACCACAACAUCGAUCUCGUGAUCGAGGACUGGAAGCACUUUGGAGUUGGUGACAACAUCUGGAGCGAAAAGGUGGGUCCUCUCGACGGGUUCCACUCUCAACUGCGAGUUUAUCCAUUUGGGAGAUCCUUUGAGGACGAGCAUGCAAACGCAUACAUCUACGUCUUUUGUGGGUCUGGCGCCUCCGAGUGGUCCUGCGAACAAGUGGACUUUGACAUCAUCUGCUGGGAUGUGCAGUCACUUCCCCGUGGGAUGGUGGUGGCCUCCGGUCCUGAAGACUUUAGCCACGAAUCUGACAACUGGGGCAACGACUUCUGCCCCAACCCGGACGCGCAAGACCUGCGCUUCCGUGCAAGGAUCAGCCUCCCGUCUCCCCCCGAGACGAUGCCGGCAGGUCUUUGCGAUAUAGACCUUUCACAGAGGUUGACGCAAGUGGCCUUCCGCUUCUCCACCGGCCCUUGCCUGUUUGCAGACAAGAGGGUGCUCGUGGCCAGGUCCCAGUACUUCAAGCAGAUGUUUGCAGAAGCCAACUGGGUUGAGGGGCGCAC